GGCAGUUUCGUUCUUACAAGCACGCUAACUGAAUUUACAACGCUUAAUUUCGUUAUGAGCACAUUUAAACAUACGUUUGGGGGCUAUGAAAAUAUCGAUGAAGGGUUAGGGCAACCUGAACCUCUUCCCGAUGAGAUUGGCGUUGUUAAAGGGCAAUAUUUGAUAAAAGAAAAUGUCAAGAAAUGGCCAGAGAAAGAAAUUAAAGUUGGCGUUACAGGAACGUCUGGCGUCGGGAAAUCGAGCCUUAUUAACGCUCUUAGAGGGCUUGAUGACGAUGACGAGCAGGCUGCAGAUACAGGAGUUAUUGGGACAACAUCAGAAGCUGGCUUUUAUCCUUACCCUAACAAUCCAAAAAUCACACUCGUGGAAGUACCAAAAACCACCUCACCUACUUAUUCUCGCAACCUUAAGUUGUGUGAUAUGUUUUUGAUUUUAACCGCUACAAGAUUCAGAAUAGAAGAACGCCAGGCAGCGCAAGAAAUCAAGUCAAUGGGAAAGUCUUUCCUCUUGGUGCGCACGAAAAUGGACUUGGAUGAAGAGAACGAAACAAAGCGGAAAAGACGCACGAGUGAAGACAUAGUGAAAGGUAUUCUGGAUAAUUGUCUGGAAAAUAUAAAAGAUCUUAACAUUGGUAAAGACGAGAUUUUUCUUGUGAGCAACCAUGACAAAGUUAAAUGGGAUUUUUACCGCCUCACUGAAACCAUCCAGAACAUGUUGCCCACUCAACAGAAAGAGGCGUUAAUUCGACCAGUGAUGGAGAAAUCCAAAGAUUUCGUGAAUAAAAAAGUUGAAGUUUGGCGAGGUCAACUAUGGAUGUGGAGAGUUCUUAUGUAUAUCCUCCUUCCACUUGAUAUCUUGACAUUGGGGUUUUUAUCGCAUUUGAUCAGCACAUACCCAAUUAAGUGGCAAACCAAAUCGUACCUAUCUCAGCUUGACCUCCCGAAGGAAGGCUCCAAUGAGUUUAACGAAAUGAAGCCAGGAUUUAAAGAAAGAAUGAAAAGAUUUUACCCGAAAUACGAAAACAAUUUUUUCGCGAGGUAUCGUCAACGUAUUUGUCAUCCGAUUCAAAUAAUUUUGAGCCCGGAGACUACGAGUGCUCAUCUAGACGAUGUGUUGACUGGGAUGAAAGUUCUUUCUAUGGAACUACUGGAUGAAGCAGCUACUAUGGCAAUUAAAGCAAGCCAUUAAUUAAGGGAGUAAACUGAAGUAAGCUGACAAAAUUUUAUGACAAAGUAAUGUAGCAAGCGUCAUCACCGUAUAUAAGCGUAGUACAAUUUCCGAUGAAUCAAUGGCCAGAGAUAUAAUUGCUAAUAUGUAUUUUUUCCAAUGGCUUAUUUCUUGCAUAAUUUGCUGCAGUAAAAUAAACUGUUUUACAAUAAUUAAGUUAAAUUGCAUGCAUACAAGGGGAUUAUUUCCUCAGUAUUAAUUCUAUUUAAAGGCAUCCGGGCUAGAGGUUUCUGUUUUCACAUAAUUAUAUACUAAUACAGUUUUAAAAAGGUUAAGGUGUCUUAUACCAAAAAAAAUCACGAUUUAUUCUUCCUUAAAAAUCAGUUUCAAGGGAUGUAAGCCGAAUCGAUCCCGAAUAUUUUAUAACUUUAAAAGUUUUAUCUUUACAGGCCUGCAAAACGUUUAAUACCGAAAAAAGUUUUAUUUACUGUAAGUUCAGCUGCGAGGCAGAAAUAUUUAGAACUAAAUAAAACCAACUUCGAAAAAUCAAAAUAAAAGAAAAAAUUAGUAUAAGACCACGUUAAAUUGAAACAAACACCUAAUAUCAAUAUAAAUAAUUGCUAUACUAUAAAACAAAUAACUUAUUAAAUAAAUAAAAAUCG